CUUCCAUACUUCACGGGUGAUGAUCCCUUCGAUAUCCCUGUUUCUCCAAACAGGAUAUCUCUCGACGCGGUCUUCCCAGGGGUCGUAGGAGAAGUCAUGGGUUGCUCCACAAGGAGAAGAGGAGGAAUCUCUCCCUCCAUGGCGAAUAUGAAUAUGUCAAAGGGACCAAGUUAAGCAGGGUAGCAAAUCCCGUCGGCAAUUCCGGUCCGGGAACGGUCUCUUUUUCCAGCAUUGGCGCAAGUACAUAGAACAUCAUCUAAACUCGUUCAUGCUUGCUCAAAAAACUUACAACUCAGUCCCUCCUCUUGACCUCACCGAUACUUAUCCAGAUCACUGGAAAUAUCUAUCCGAAGGUGGUGCGACGCUAGUAUUUUCGUAUGCUGGGCCACAAGACGAACGAUUCCACAACAAAGUCUUGAGACUGGGGAAAAAUAAUACUGUAGUGGAAGACGAAGACAGCCUCAUCUUGUUCCAGACUGAAGUAAUUUCCCGACUAGUACUGCAGAAACAUCUCGCAGUCUUGGAAACGGUUUUACUAUCUUCAUCCUGGCUAGAAUCACUUUCGUCUCUCUGUAAGAAAUCAAGACCAGAUUGGAGGACCGGGGACAUCGACACGAAUCGCACGAAAGGAUUUUUGGCACCCAACUUAGUUUCAAGUCCCAUCAGCGUCGAGAUCAAGCCCAAGUGGUCCUUCCUAAGGCCCGGACUACGUACAUGUCGAUUUUGCAUGCAUUCCUCCUGUCGUGGAUGGAUAACAUCCUACUGUCCUCUGGAUCUCUUUUCUUCCUCUCCCGCCCGAAUCAAGAACGCCUUGUACGCUUUGUAUGAUGCAUGGGCUGAUGGUGCUGCCAGUCAAAACAACUUUCGCCUGUUCGCAGACGGUCGCUUAAUGUCUCCCGAUGAUUUGUUACCAGCACUACGUGGGCUAGGUAUGCUUCAUUCCUCCAUUUUGGAGGAGGAGGGUAUUCGCGAACUCGUUGUUGAAACUCUGCUUGUAUCGUUCAUGAAAUCCGAGUCUUUGGAACUAUUGAAGACGUUGAAGAACUUACAAAGAACAUUGGAUGGCCUAGGGAUAGAGGGAUUGGCUUCGCUAUGGGACAAUGUACACUCGCUGGAUAAGACAUCGUUUGGAAGAGGAUUCCCUCAACCCACCAUCGAUGACUGGAAGUUCUUCGCUACCGAGUAUCUGGAGCCUCAAGGUUCUUCAGUGCCACCACAGGCACUCUCUGGCGAGACCCAGCUUCGAUACAACAUACUGUCCUACCUCCUCUCUGCUACAUUCAAAGAUUGUUCGAUGAUGAUUAUGCUACCUGGUCUACUUCACGAGUCUCUUCCCACAUCCUUAUUUCCUUCACGAAUAACCUUGAUUGACCUCGACCCAAAGCGUGUCGAACGCCUCCAAAAGUGGCUCGAGCAGGAUCGAAACAUUAUGCAAGAAUAUAUAGUAUCAAGCCAGACGAAGUCGGCAAAGAGAUGUGUGGAUGUUGGGGAAUUGUAGAUUAUUGCUAGAGCAGCUCUUAUUCUACCAAUAGUUGUACACAUUAUACAUGCACACUGCAAGCACACUGGCAUAAAUGUGUCCAUAUAGUUAUCACUACCCAAUCGCAUGAGCACCACUAGGCGGUCCGUGUCCUCGAAUGAGCAUUGGUUUCCUCUUGUGGAGAAUGUGCUAAUAUGUCUCCAGCAAGUAAUCCACUCUCCUCCUCUGCUGUCGUCCUGCUUCGGGAACGAUGGCGGCGAGGUUUUGGACGAUAGAUAAAAGACUGAGUAACGAUCGUGAGGUCGAAUACUAGGGUUCCGCCGCUUCCUAGUAAAUAUCUGGAUGUGGAUGUGAACGCAGAAAA